AAUUUUUCAGUACCAAAAUAUUCCCGCCAAAAUAAAGCAAUUUUUUCAAAAAUAUCUUCUGGAUUCUUCUUCAAUACGCUUCUUCUCAAUUUCUCAUCUCCGUUCAGUUUCAACUGCAACAAAGCCAACUGCCGAUCAUCGGUGAUUCGAAAUGUCGAAGAAAAGAGGUCUUUCCUUGGAUGAGAAACGAGAGAAAAUGCUACAGAUCUUUUAUGAUUCACAAGGUUUCUUCCUUCUUAAGGAGCUUGAAAAGUUGGGCCCUAAGAAAGGUGUUAUCAGCCAGUCAGUGAAAGACGUUAUCCAAUCUUUGGUGGAUGAUGAUCUUGUGUUUAAAGACAAGAUAGGGACUUCUGUAUACUUUUGGAGUCUGCCUAGUUGUGCUGGGAACCAGCUAAGAACUGUCUAUAGAAAGCUUGAGACUGAUCUCCAGAACAAUAAUAAGCGGCACACUGAGCUUGUUGAACAAUGCAAGGCCUUGAAAAAGGGACGUGAAGAAUCUGAUGCACGAGAAGAGGCCUUGAAUGAGCUGAAAGCUAUUGAACACAAACAUAAGGAACUUAAGGAAGAGUUGAUGCAGUAUGCUGAUAAUGAUCCUGCUACUAUUGAAGCAAUGAAGAAGGCGAUUGAAGUUGCCCAUUCAGCAGCUAAUAGAUGGACAGAUAACAUCUUCACAUUGAGACAAUGGUGUUCCAAUAACUUUCCCCAAGCAAAAGAGCAACUUGAUCACCUAUACAAUGAGGUCGGAAUAACAGAUGACUUCGACUACUUAGAAUUGCCAGCAAUGGCUCCUCUUGCAGUAACUGAUGGUGAUCUUUAAUUGCCUGAGUUGCAAUUGACCAAGGUAUAGCUUAUGUGCUAAUGUUGGUUGCUUUGGCAGUUACUUAUAUGAUUCAUUAAGCAAUGUGAUACAGCAUCCAUUGCAGUUUUUUUUUUUCUUAUUAUUUUUCUGGUUGUGAUUAAUUUUUAAAGAAAAUUAAUUUCAUUCUCUUGUAUUCUUUUUAGAGGUUGAAAUUCUCUAUUUUCUUUUAUUCAAUGAUUAAAUCGUAGAAAUUCUUUAUA